UGACGCGCCCGCCCCUCGCCGGCCGCCCGGGACACCGACACCGCUGGCGGGCGCAGAGGCGCUCCCGCUCCCGGACAGCCGCCCGUCCGGCUCGAAGGGCACGUCCUCGGCGGCGGCCUGUCGCGGGGCCGGCCCCGCUCGCCGCCUGGCCCCGGGACGCCUGCGCCCGCCGUCGGGACCGACGGGUGGAAGAUGAAUCCCGCGCCGCCGCCGCCGGGGCAGCAGGUGAUCCACGUCACGCAGGACCUGGACACGGAGCUGGAGGCGCUUUUCAACGCGGUCAUGAACCCCAAGCCCAGCUCCUGGAGGAAGAAGAUCCUGCCCGAGUCCUUCUUCCAGGAGCCCGACUCGGGCGCGCACUCGCGGCAGUCCAGCACGGACUCGGGCGCGCCCCCGCCGCGGCCCGCGCAGCACGUCCGCUCGCACUCCUCGCCCGCCUCGCUGCCUUGCGCGGGCGCGGCGCCGCAGCACGCGCACCUCCGGCAGCGCUCCUACGACGUGACGGACGAGCUGCCGCUGCCGCCCGGCUGGGAGAUGGCGCUCACGCACACGGGACAGCGCUACUUCCUCAAUCACAUAGAAAAAAUCACAACAUGGCAAGAUCCUCGCAAAGCUCUGGCCCAGCCACUGAACCACAUGAGCCAGCACCCAGCAGCCAGCUCCCCGGCGGUCCCGCAGAGGCCCAUGGCGAUGGGACAGCCCGUGGCCCAGCCCGUGGCCCAGCCCAGCCUCGGUGCGGGCCCGCAGCCGCUGGCGGGCAGCGCGGCGCACAGCCGGCCCCUGCUGGCCCUGCCCCGCGCGCUCACCGCGCAGCAGCAGCAGCAGCAGAAGCUGCGGCUCCAGAGGAUCCAGAUGGAGCGGGAGCGGAUCAGGAUGCGGCAGGAGGAGCUUCUGCGACAGGAGGCCGCCCUGUGCAGACAGCUGCCCAUGGACUCGGACGGCGUGGGCCCCGUGCAGACCGCGCUGAGCGCACCUGCCCUGGCACAGGACAUGAGGCCCCUGACGAGCAAUGGGUCUGACCCUUUCCUCAACAGCGGCCCAUACCACUCCAGGGAACAGAGCACGGACAGCGGCUUGGGCUUAGGAUGCUACAGUAUACCAACAACACCCGAAGACUUCCUCAGCAACGUAGAUGAGAUGGAUACAGGAGAAGCUAUAGCACAGCCGACGAUGAACAUAAAUCCACAACAGACGCGUUUCCCUGAUUUCCUCGACUGUCUUCCAGGAACAAAUGUGGAUCUCGGGACUCUGGAGUCGGAAGACUUGAUCCCAAUUCUCAACGACGUGGAGUCAGUUCUCAACAAAGGCGAGCCGUUCCUCACCUGGCUGUAACCGCGCCGGUUCGGCCGGCGUGCGGUUCAGCCUUCCUUUUCCUCUCCAGAUAGAGGUGGAAUAUCUGGGAAUCCUCGAGCGAUACUACUUACUGCCUUAAUGACUUUUGUUACAUCAUCUUUAUGGUCAGUUUAAUCUCUGCCUGGACUUGAUUUACAUUAAUUUAAAUGUAAAAUACAUCUAUAUAUCUAAAUACAUAUAUGCAUAGGUAUUUCUUCCUCUUUAGAAAAAGCACACUACUUUAUACAACUGUGUAGUCCUUUACCUUUUCAGACCAGGCAGAAACGACUCCAGGACAGAGAGGGUGGUGUUUGUGCAGUCCCUGACCGAUGCCCGGGGACCCGUUAACGUCACAGGGUCUUCAUGAUUCACCGCAGUUGACUGCGGCUCAUUUGGCUCAGGAAGCGUGCGCACCAUCAGAGCAGUUUUAUUACUAUCUUGUUACUGUCAGAAACUUUUUUUAUCAACUUACUUAAGCUUUAAAAAUCCUUUUUCCAUUCUUAUUAACAAACUGUGCUGUAUAGAAUACAGAUUUAAUCUGAUCCAUAUCAGCCAUAAUAGUUCUUAUUAUAUAUUCGUAAAGGCACACACGGUGCUGUUGCAGUUUCUUUUUUCAGUAUAUUACUGUAAAAUAAAUACUUCCAAUCUGAAAGUACCAGAACGGUUUAGCAACAUUUUUACACAACAAUAUUGUUGCGAAAUAAACCAGACUGGUACUGACUGCUGCCUUUAAAACAAAGCAAUGCAUUAUAAACAAGCAUUUUUUAAAAGCUCUUAGAUUUUGAUGUUUAUUAUCUUAAGCACUACAAUUUUGUAAGGUAACACAUGAACAAUUUUUUAUAUCUAUACAAUCUGUGGCAAAUAUGUUAAAUGCAAAAAACUGCUUUUAAAAUCAGGUCUGAAAAAUGUGGCACAAGUUGUUUGUUAUAUGUAGUGGGAGAAGACCCUCGCUCAGACUGUUUGCAGUGCUGUUUCUAACUGACAGUGUCACCUACAGGUAGUUCUACACCUGGCGCAGGACGGUAACUCACCCAGGGCAGCGCUGUGUCCUGGUUGGGGACGCCGCUCGGUUCCCCGCUCUGUCACCCGCUGUCACGGGUGUGCAGGACCUGUGUCCUGGUUGGGGACGCCGCUCCGUUCCCUGCUCUGUCACCCGCUGUCACGGGUGUGCAGGACCUGUGUCCCAGCUGGGGACGCCGCUCGGUUCCCUGCUCUGUCACCCGCUGUCACGGGCGUGCAGGACCUGUGUCCCAGCUGGGGACGCCGCUCGGUUCCCCGCUCUGUCACCCGCUGUCAUGGCUGUGCAGGACCUGUGUCCCAGCUGGGGACGCCGCUCGGUUCCCCGCUCUGUCACCCGCUGUCACGGGUGUGCAGGACCUGUGUCCCAGCUGGGGACGCCGCUCGGUUCCCCGCUCUGUCACCCGCUGUCACGGGCGUGCAGGACCUGUGUCCCGGCUGGGGACGCCGCUCGGUUCCCCGCUCUGUCACCCGCUGUCAUGGCUGUGCAGGACCUGUGUCCCGGCUGGGGACGCCGCUCGGUUCCCCGCUCUGUCACCCGCUGUCACGGGCGUGCAGGAUGGGCUCGGGGUGUUUCUGCCUGUUGUGUAUCCUACAAAUGCUUUAUCACGGGGUUGGGACUGAGGAGGCAUCGAGGACAUCAAGCUUGCAGUUCCCCUGCAAUGCAAAUGAAGUCCUAAAACUUAAAUAUUUUGAAAUUAUGUUAUUUAUAAUCUAUUAAUUUAAGCUUUUUAUAUUGAAAAAUAUGUAUUUUUAUGAAAGGCAUUAAAACUUUUCUCUGAGCUUAGUCCAGGCUAUGUGGAGAGGAGAUGUAGCGCUCGGUGUCGCUGUGUCUGGUAACACUAACCAGGCUCUUGCCGACGCGCGGAACACAGAUCGCUAACGGCUCCUGUUCUGGGGGAGGGCGGGCAGGUGGAGAGGUCAGACGUGAGGUGAUGGGGUGUGGAGCAGGUCUGGGAGAAAACGGUUCUGCACCGAGUGUAGAUCCGCGCUGGGAAGGGUGGUUGCAAAUAGGGAAACACGGAAAAUGAAUCACCAGUGUGCAGUAAAAAUGUGAUACAAGAACUCUGUACAAUAAACUGCCUUGUCAGGGGUGAGCUGCUGGGUGUACGAGACAGCAGACGGCGGAUUAAAGAAAGCACACCGCUAGUUUUUAAAAGAGGUGAAAGUCAAAGAGCUGAAGUCGGAAAGUUUUAUUACAUAGGGAAAAGUAGUUCUUGUUUUGUUCUGUUUGAAUAGAAAACGAGAUGUGACAGCAGAGCUCUGUCUGCACAGAAUUUCAUUACUGAAUGGGCGUUGUGUUCAUUUUUUUCUUUUGGAGGGGUCAUUUGUUUUUCUCAUCUUGGUUUUUGUUUUGGGGUGGAUGUUUGUUUUUAGUUAUUCUUCCCAGUGCUGUUGAGACAGCAGAAGUUUCAGCAGGCGGGACUGGGCAGGGCUGACCAGCAGUACUGCAGGGGGUCCACGCGUCCUUUGAAGGACUGCGCCGGGCCGCCAGCCUGGGUGCCAGAGCCGCCCCAAGGCUCCGUCUGCAGUGACGUGACCGACAGGGCUGGAGGCGCCUGGCGUCCUCACGGGGGCCGCUGGUGCUGCGCGUUGGCGGGAGCUGCAGGGGGGUCUGGCGGGGGCUGGGGAAACUGCUCAGCAUAGGUGGUGCUUAGAAACAGCGGUUUGUUCAUUUGCUGGUGGGUCUGUGCCAUUGUAGAUCUGAGUUUUGUUGUUCAUACAAGAUAUCCCAAGCAGAUCAGGUCUCUGCUGGCGUGAUCCAGUGCUGACUUCUGUCUGUCCGUCUGUGCCCAUUUCACCAGCUCAAGGCUUCUCAGUUCUGCUUUGCAGUGAAAACUGACGCGGUUUUCCAGUAAACUCGCGUGUGCAUCAGAAUUGUGAAGCUACAAACUUGGUUCCUCAUGCAUUCUUGCUCCAGGUGUCGACUGUCUCGGUUCAAAGACCUCGAAGAGGUAAAAGAAUCAGGCCCUGUGUUUCCAUGUAACCUACAUAAUGAGCAGCAGCAGACCUGGAACGGGAGGGCGCUGGGUACCCCAGCCUCCGGUGUCCGGCUGCUGCAGGACCUGGGCUGAGACUUACCCGCCAUGAGCCGAACCGUGUUGAGCCGAGGUAAAAGUGAUUCUUACACUGUGAGUUUCCGUUUCUGUAAUGGGGAGGAUGUGUCGGGUCAAGUGCAGCAACAACGAUAUCUGGGUUUUAAAGUUCUUUUUUUCAAAAGCUUCUGGCUUUAAACAGGCUUACGGUAGAACUUGUAGGUGUUCAAGCAUAUGUAAUCCUUAUGAAACUCAGUUCAUUGCUGACAAUAUUUCACUGUGCUGUUUCAGGUUUUGAACGUCUAAUAAAUGUCCCGUCUGCCUGUAGGACACGUUAAGUGCAGGGCCAGCUGGACAGCGGUGCUGAGGCCAUCGCCGAGGUGGCACACGAGGGUCUUGGUGAUCAGUGACGGGACGUUGUUAAUUACCCUUUGUAUUCUGGUAAUACUGUCAGAACGUGACUUGGGCAGGGACUGGGUUCGACUUUUUGACAACAAAUGCUGUUUUGGGGAAGGGAAGGAUUGAAAUGCCUAUUUUAAAUACAGAAAAAUGGAGGUGUUCAAAUAAACGUGUUUCCUAAUACACUACAUCCACGUACGUGCUAGUACUUUAACUUUUUUAUUUGUGUUUUUCAUUUUGUUAUAUGGGAGCAUUUGUUUUUAAUUUCUACUACCUUGCAGCAUAUUGUAUGUAUCAAACGCAAUCGGAUCAAACUGUUGUAUCCAGCAUUGGAUUCCGUUUGGUUUUUUUAUUUCUUUGCUCUUGUACAUGAAAAACAAAUAUAAAUGAAUUUAAAGAUUU